AUGUUUAUCGUGUCCCUUGCCAUCGCAGACCUGAUUGUUGGGCUGGUGGUGAUGCCAAUCAGCACCGUUCACAUCUACACCGAUGAGUGGCUGUUUGAUAUUGCCGUCUGCCAGAUCUGGAUAGGCAUCGACUACACGGCUAGCACGGCCUCAAUCCUGAACCUCUUCAUACUUAGCCUGGAUCGAUACUGGUCCGUAACCUCUCCUUUGAAAUACCUAAGGAAACGUACAAAGAAGAGAGCAGUGUUAAUGAUAAGGCGUUUAUCUUCUAUGUGGAUUGUACCCAUUAUUGAAUGGCAUCACUUCUUCUUUGUUGGGGAGAGGAGUGUUCCGUCGUCUGUGUGCGAUACUGAGUAUGCAAAGAAUAGUGCUUUUAAGGUUGUGACGGCGUUCUUCAAUUUUUAUCUGCUGCUUGCGAUUAUGUAUUGCUUAUACUGGAAAAUAUUUCAGGAGAUUCGUAAAGGGUCUGAAUUGGAAUUAGGACAACGAAAUGUUAAAAAUUAUACUUCACCUUUAGAUAUCACGAACAUCUCGGAGCAUGUGCUUACGCCAUAA